UAGGGGAUAAAAAAAAAGGACCCGACCUUGCCUUUGUGCGUGGUGUGCGUGGUGCGUGGAGUGCGUAUCGUUUCUUGUGUGAUUCCCCCUGUGCGCGCAAGAAGCGAGCUGCUUUUUUUUCCUUUCCAGAGAGAGAGAGAGAGAGAGAGAGGGGCAAUGCGCCCACCCAUGCGAUGCUAGCCUAUUAGCUGGAGAGAGAGAGAGAGAGAGAGAGAGAGAGAGAGAGAGAGAGAGAGGUUUCAGCCCUGGACUCGAAAGGAGGCUAAUUUACGAGUCUUGUUUUGCCUUUCAGGAAAAGGGGAGAUAAGAGGGGGGAGGGUGGUUUGGUGAAGGAGAAUGCAGCAAUCACAUUUUUAAGCAUGCAGAAACGGGCCGUUUCCGGUUCCUAGGCUGGUGUGUCCCCCCAUCCGAGGCCAGCAGCCGUAUGGGGAAAGCAGCGGCAGACACAGAUGGCAUGGACACUUCCACAAGGUCUGCCGCUCUGCCCUGCCUGCUCUGCCGGAGCCCGUUCGCCGCCGUCUCUCUCUUCCAGCUCGCUCCGCCGCCCAGCAGCACUGCAGCACAGCACAGGCUGACGGCAUGAGGCUUGAUCCAGUGCAUUUCUCCAUGCUGGUCAUCGGGGUCUCCUUCGCCUGUUACGCCCCGAGUCUCAACUCCCUCCAGGACCAGGCGUACCGAUCAACCGUGGUCAUCGAGGGCGAGGUGCGCUCCUCCCCGGAGAACGUCUCCUCCCGGGAGCCCUACAGUGUGAAUGUCAAAGUGCUGGACGUGUGGCCCGUCAACAGCGGCGGCCUCGAGAGGGAGCAGCUCGUGACCGUCGGGGACUUCGGUUCCGAGGCCCCGUGCACCACGGUGGAGAAGGACCACAGAUAUAUCUUUUUCAUGGACCCGACCGCCGAACCUUUGGUAUUCAAGGCAUCGUACGCCCCUGUGGACGCCAGCGAGCCGGAGCUGAAGAAGGAUGUGGAGAGAGUGUUGUGCGAGGACUGCGCCUCUGCUCCAAAGCUUCGGCUGACUCGAGGCCAGUCUCUGAUGGAAGGGGACAAGCUGUACUUGAAGUGCGAGGCAUCGGGGAAUCCCAGCCCUUCCUUCCGCUGGUACAAAGAUGGACACGAGCUUCAGAAAGGCAGAGACCUCAAAAUAAAGACCAACAAAAAAAACUCAAAGGUGCAGAUCAGUCGUGUCCGUGUGGAAGACUCCGGCAACUACACCUGUGUGGCCGAAAACUCACUAGGACAAGAAAACGUUACGAGUAUAAUCAGCGUGCAGAUCUUGACCACCACCACCCCGUCUCCAGGUGUUAGUCAUGCGAGGCGCUGCAACGACUCGGAGAAGACGUACUGCGUCAACGGAGGAGACUGUUACUUCAUACAUGGUAUUAACCAGCUGUCCUGCAAGUGUCCCAAUGACUAUACGGGGGACCGCUGUCAAAACUCCGUCAUCACCGGUUUCUACAAGCUUCUCAGAAUUAAAUUUAUGGAAGCUGAGGAGCUCUACCAGAGGCGGGUGCUGACGAUCACGGGCAUCUGCGUGGCAUUGUUGGUGGUUGGCAUCGUUUGUGUGGUGGCCUACUGCAAAACCAAGAAACAGAGGAAGAAGAUGCACAGUCACCUACACCAGAACCAGAAUCAGCGUGUGGAGCAACCCAUGUCCAACGGACCCCACCCCCCCAGGCCCGGUCCAGAGGAGAUCCCUUUAGACUACAUCCCCAAGAGCGUCCCGACAACAGAGUGUGUGAUCAGCCACGGAGCCGAGGGUGCAGGCAACUACGCAGGCAGCCGAAUGUCUACCCGCUCCCACCACUCGACCACUGCCUCACAUGCUUCCAGACACGAGGAGCAGACGUGGAGCAUGGAGCGAACGGAGAGUAUGAACUCAGACUGCCAGUCAGGUGGGCUGUCCAGCUCUGUGGGAACCAGUAAGUGCAGCAGCCCGGCGUGCAUGGCGAGGAGAGCCGCCCACUGGGGCUGUACGGACGUGUCCGGACCGGGAAUGCAGUACGGGGAUUCCUAUGACUCCCUACGAGACUCGCCUCACAGUGACAGGUAUGUUUCGGCGUUAACCACGCCGGCGCGCCUGUCUCCGGUGGAGUUCCACUACCCCCCGUUGCCGCCCCAGGUGCCCACCUUCCAGAUCACCUCGCCCAACACAAGCCACGCCCUCUCCCUGCCCCCCAACGCUGCCGCCUACCACAGGGACGAUGACCAGCCGCUGCUACGAUGCCCGGAUGAUGGAAGUUUAUACAGGCAGCCUCGGCGUCCGCGACGACCCUACCUGACGGAGAGCACAGGGAGUCUACCGUCCAGCCCUUACCGUCUCCCCGACGACGAGGCCUACGAGACCACGCAGGAGUACGCCUCUUCACGGGAACCCAUCCGGAGCCGGCGCCGGCCGCGACGCAACCGCCUCAACGGACACAUCUCCCAGCGUUCAGCGGGCCUACGGGACUACAGCUCGCAGAGCUUCAGCCAGUCAGAGGAGGAGGAGGAAGAGGAGGAGGAAGAGGACGCUCACGGGGAGAGCACGCCUUUCCUCAGUAUGCAGAACAUGAACAUGGACCCGCCCUUAACCGUCCCGGGUUUCCGUUCGUCAUCCGGUGCGGACACACGGACUCACCGCGGGCUCAGUCGGCCGGGGACGCGCAGCAAUGGGCAGAGCCGCGGCUCCCAGUCGCAUCGCUCCAAGGCUGACAACAUGCCCCUUUAAGACUUAACCUACCCCGCCCUGCCACCACCCACCCCCUCCACCUCACACACUCCCCUUCCUCCUACACACAACCAGUGGACUAGAGACCUGCACCUAGGAGAAAUAUUUUUAUUUUGUAUAACAGACAGAUAUUCUAAACAAAUGAAAUAUUUAUUUUCAUUUCAGCAAAAAUUGUCUACUAGCUAACAGCAAAGACUUUUUUUAUAACGGGGGGGAAAUAUUUAUAUGUAAAGUUUUUUGAUUUACAGCAUUAUGAGAGAUGAAAAAAUAAGAGAAUUACGUGCCAAUUUUUUCACAAGUUAGAUAAAUAGAAUAAUAUUGUGGUGCCUUUUGCUGUAUGCUGAAGUCGGAGGUCCCAUUGAGUUUUUGUAGCCUUUCUUAUAAAGACUCCUCGUUUUUAUAGAGACCAACCCUCUUCCUUUUGCUUUGGUUUUUUCUCUGAUUUGGGAUCUUCUUCUUUUUGAACUGUGAUCUGAUUAUGUCAUCAUGCAAUAUUGAUUCCUCCUGUGUAAAAGGUGUCUGUUUACAUGAGUAUGAUCCACGCGACGCGCUCGUUUCACAGGGACAUUAAGUCACUGACGCAAACCGGAUGUAGGGUAGUUUUUUUUUUUUCCUCUUGGAUGAUUUUUUGGAUGAAUCACGUCACGCCAUCUCUGUCUUCGUUCGCUGCCUCUCGGUCAUUUGUUGUUAUUUCUGUAAAACUAAAAGUGUUAGGGAGCUGUCGAUGGGAAAAGUGACUCCAGAUUCCUGUGUAGGUGUUCAGGGUGCUGCCAUGACAUUGGUGGUGCUUGCAGUGUGUGUGUGUGUGUGUGUGUGUGCGUGUGUGUGUGUCUGUAUGUAUACACCUCAUGAAGCCUCAUUUGGUUUUCACCUCUGUUCACCUUCAAGGGUGUGGUCUCUCUUGUUUGACUGACAUGCUCCUUCCACCAAUCCUCACGCUGCCAGAAGCUCCAUUGCACUGUAAGAACCUCCCUCCAUGAGCAGUCAUUGGCCAGGGAGCUGCCGAUCCAAACCGAACCUAACCAAUCCAGUUGUAAUCCAGCCUGACUCUGGCCUCCCGUGGACUGCCCAGCCCGCCCGUUUCCUAUGCCAGCAGCUUAGAGCCGCACUGUGUCUCAGGACUUCCCCAUCACAUCACAGCCAAAAGACUCAAAGCAGAGAGCGCACGUCAUCUCAGUCACAGUUCAGUCCGCAGGCCAGAUCCACAUCCCCUCACUCUCCUUUUUCCUGUCUGUCUGUCAAGGUUUGUUGCGUUCACUCGUGGUCAUGAUGG